AACGAAACCGCAACAAUAGUAUUAUCAUUACUGUCAUUAUUACAACAACAAUAAUUACAGUAAGUACAAUAAUUAUUACGAUACCAUCGUCGCCGUUGUUUCCCGUUCCGUCGCGCAACUGUGUGUACGUACCUACGGGCCACGGCUGCGCGCCCGUCGUUGUCCGUCUCGUUUUCCGUCCCGAAUCGACGCGGUCCGUGGUCGUUUUAUUCUUAUCGUCGACGAACGUUCGUAACGAUGUCCGACGAAGUGGAGGAUACAGACGGCAACGCCAUUCUCGCCCAAUCGCUGAAACACCAAGUGCGUGUAACCCGUCCACACCAUUCGGCGUUAUCGUUUUGACCAAGGUGAUAUUUAAUAAUGGCAUUUCGUUCUCGUACCAGGGCAUCGAAUACGUUUUCGGCAUCGUGGGCAUACCGGUCAUCGAGCUCAGCAUGGCCAUGCAACAGGCCGGUCUCAAGUACGUGGGAAUGCGCAACGAACAGGCGGCCGUGUACGCGGCCCAAGCGAUCGGUUAUUUGACGCGCACGCCCGGCGUCUGCCUGGUGGUGUCCGGCCCCGGGCUGCUGCACGUCACCGCCGGCAUGGCGAACGCCCAGAUCAAUUGUUGGUACGUAACGCGACGGCACUAGUAUGCGAUUCCCCGUUCUAACGUCGUCCACCGCUACGAUACUAUAGGCCCCUGUUGGUGAUCGGCGGUUCUUGCGUCGAGGACCACGAGGGCAUUGGCGGUUUCCAAGAGUGCAACCAAGUGGAAUUGAGCAGGCCGUACUGCAAAUACAGCGCGAGACCGCCGAACGCUUCGCUCAUACCCGUGCACGUUGAGAAAGCAAUACGUUGUGCCACCUACGGCAGACCCGGUAAUUAAUCCGGCGCCGUCGUCGAUGUCGGCGCGCGGGAGGAAAACCCAUGUCACGCGGGGUUUUUUUUUUUUUUUUGUCUUUUUUCGCGUUGUUCUCCAGGUGCCGCGUAUUUGGAUUUUCCCGGAAACCUGUUGUGCGCACGUGUCGCCGUGGACAAGGUCGCGGACGUGCCGCGAGUGAAAUCGCCGCCGACAUUGAUCCCGUUCAAUCCGUACAUCAGAUCUGCCGCCGCGCUGUUGGUAAACGCCGAACGCCCUCUAAUUAUCGUCGGAAAAGGUAACCGGCGGCGUUGUCGUUUUCCAAAUACCGUCGCGCGCCCGUUCUGCUGACCGUGUUUACGUUUUUUUAGGCGCUGCCUACGGCCACGCGGAGAACAGUGUCAGACGUUUUGUCGACGAAUUCGGCUUGCCGUUUCUGGCCACGCCAAUGGGCAAGGGUGUAGUGGCCGACGAGCACGGUUUGUGUGUUGCGUCCGCACGUACUUUCGCCUUGCAAAACGCAGACGUCGUACUGUUGCUCGGCGGACGUUUGAAUUGGAUGCUGCAUUUUGGUAAACCGCCCAGGUUCAGUGCUUCCGUAAAAUUCAUACAGGUUGACAUUAGUGCCGAAGAACUGCAUAACAGCCGACAAGCCAGCGUGGCGAUUCAAGCACACGUCUGCGCCACGCUCAACAUAUUGAGGCUUUACCUGGUAGAAAAGAAAUGGAAAUUUUUAAGAACCGAAUGGUUGGAUAGACUAUACGAAAAAUGUUCGUUGAACAAAAAAUAUGUAGAGGUAAACACAAUUGUAUUUUUAAUGUUUAAUUCGUAACAAAUGUCUAGGGACAAUUUUAUAUUGUUAUUAUUUUUGUAUGAACGUUUUAACUUGGUUGGAUUUUUUUUCAGUCAAUGAUGAGAGACACGUCCGUACCGUUGAACUAUUACACGGCGUUUCGUCAUAUACAAGAUAACAUUCCCAAAGGUUGAAAUUAUAUGUUUUAAACGUCACGCUAAUUAACCAGAAAUAAUAUUUACAAUUGAUAUUUGGAAGCUUGUCAGUUACUUUUUACAAAUGUAUCGUUUAUUUCCACGCGUGUUCAGUAAAUACCUUUACCGAUUUAAUUACUAUUUCAAAAAUUAAAAAUUCAUUAUUAGGCGUUGCAGGAAAAUCAAGUAUUUCUUCGUUCUAAUAAUAUUUUAGCGGACUUUAAAGAUAUUUCAAGGUAUAAAUCUAUUUUACGACUUGAGCCCUUUUUUCCCCCAAAAUGUGUGUUUUUUAAUGCAUAGGUAUAAUGAAAAUUUACUUAUCAUACUUACCUUAAUAGUUAUUUUACAUGAACCUACCCACCUAUAAUGCUUUUUUCACUUUACCAUGUUACUUACCUAACGUGGUUUCGCACAACAAAUCGAGGGUUGUGUUCGAUUAAAAUUGCAUCAAUUGCAUCGAAAUACUGCGUGUUUAAACGUUCGUAAUUCUAAAUCUAAGUCAGAUAGACUUUUUCUGACUAGGGUAAAAAAAAACUUUGUUUUCAUCAAACUAUCAAUAACUACUGCUAAUAAUAAUAUAAACAUUUCUAUUUUUGACUACAUUUUGGAUUAAUUCUACAAAUGUUAUUUUUCAAGGUUUAUGUACAAUAACUAUAAAAGUAAGUAUAAUAGAAUAGUUUUGACUAUACCAAUGGACUAAGCAUUAAAAAACGCACAGUUUGGAAAACAAAUUUGAAAAAUGAGCUUUGGUCGUAAACUAGAUUUGUUUCUUUUUUAAUAAUAGUAUCAUAAUUUUUUUUUUUUAAUUUCAAAAAUAACAUUUAUCAAAAUAUUUACAAAUGAAAAAGUAGACUGUAAACUUCUUUUGCCCAAAGACAACUCAUAAGUCCUGCAGAAAUAUAGCUUUGAUGUACUAUCUAAUUUACAACAAUCGGAGAUAAUCCACCGCCAAAUAAGAUCUUUACUUCAAAUAAAACCAAAGCAAAUUAGUUUUGUUGAAGGAAAUAUACAUUUUGGUCACUGAGUAUCGAUUUAUACAAAGUUCAAACUGUUAUAAAAAAAAAAAAAUCCUAAUAAAAACCUUGUAAUAUUGUAAAAAAUAUACAAAUUUAAUUUUUUUUUUUUCAGACUGUAUAAUCGUAAGCGAAGGUGCAAAUACAAUGGACAUAGGUAGAGCUAUAUUAUUGAACAAUUUGCCUAGACAUAGACUUGAUGCCGGUAAUAAGAAUAUUAUAUUUUACAUUUUAAUCAAAUUAAUUUUAUGUAUAUUUUAAAAUAACUGAUUUUGUGUAUACUAUGUAGGAACAUUCGGCACUAUGGGAGUAGGAUUAGGAUUUGCUAUUGCCGCUGCUUUAUGGUGUCAAACUUAUGCACCUGAAAAACGAGUCUUGUGUGUCGAAGGAGAUUCAGCUUUUGGAUUUUCUGGAAUGGAAGUAGAAACUAUGGUUAGGUUAGUCAAAUUUACAACCUCAAGACACAUCUACUUAUUUGAUAACUUAUAACUACCAUUUUUGACAAACUUACAGAAUUAUUACUGCACUAACAGCUUUGUAGCUCUUUAAAAAACACUUGGUAUUACUAGAAAACCCAAUAUAUCUUUUUAGUAAAUUAUUCCGUAUAGUACCUGUAACUUACAGGUUUAAUUUUGUUUCAUUAACUUACAGAUCGAUGUUAUCAAUGGUAUCGCCAACACUUUUGGUAGUGUUAUUUUUUUUUAAAUUUGUGUAUCAUAAGAAAAGUUGUUUGAUUCAUUGCAAUCAAUACUGUUCAAUCAUAAAUCACAAUGGAUUCUUUGCCCUUAAGUCAAGUGACUAUUUUAUUAUUGAGAUUAUUUCCAUGCUACCGAGAUUUUAAUAUUUCCUUGACUGAUCUAACUGACUCAUAGAGUUUAUAUUAUAAAAUAAAGAUUAAGAUUAACGUGAAUGUGCGUGAAGACAACAGGGUGAUGAUUUUAUCAGUUAUCAUUGUUCAGCAUUUUGAAAUGUACAUGUAUUAAUUUAUCUGAUUUAUUCAUAGAACUUAUAGUAUCAUAAUCAUUGCACUUGCGACUAGUUUUUGUGCAACGUGGCCAAAUAAUGACGAAAUGUGUGAAUUCUAUUUACACAAUUUAAUAUUAAAAAUUUAUUCUAUUUAAUAUUAAGACAGCAAAUAUUUUUAGUAUGUUAGCUAUAAUUUGAACAAAGCAUAUGAUCUAUUAGAUGUCAAAUUAAUAAAUGGUUAACUAAGUUUAAUUUUAUAUUAACCAAUUAAAAAAAAGAAAAUACAAACAAAAAUUAAAUAUGUCCUUUUGGUUUUGUCAUUGAAGUGAAAUGUAAUGGUUUGUCAACUAAUUUUUAAAAUAUUAACAAUAUUUAAUUAUUUUAUUUUAUUUUAUUUAUGAAUAUUUGUAUAUUUGUUAGGUAUAAAUUACCAAUUGUUAUAAUAGUUAUCAACAAUAAUGGCAUAUAUGGAGGUGUUGAUGAAUCCACCUGGACUGCAGUACAAAAUUAUGAUAACUUAACCGAAGUGUAUGUUUAGUUUUUCAAUAAUAUUGUCGAUUACUUGAUUUUUGUUAUAUUUGUUGUUGUUUUUUUUUUUUUUAGGAUACCUCCCAACUGUCUUUCUGUUAACAUUCAUUAUGAAAAUAUAUUGACUAUGUUUGGUCGCAAAGGACACUUUUGCACAACCACAGAACAAAUUUCUAAUGCAGUGCGAGAAGCUUUUUUGGUAAAUAUCUUUGGGUCAUUAUUGGAAAUACCUAUUAUCAAAGUUACUUUCGAACAUUCUAAACUUUCCUUAUUCCAAUUUAUGAAAAAACUUUCUAUUAAUAAAAUUGUAUAAAACAUUAAAUAAAUUGACUAUCGUUAGGUCAAUUAAAAAUUCAAUAUUGCUUUCUCUUAUGGAAAUUUAGUAUCAACUAUCUUUCUUUAUUGGCUUUUACAGGCAAUUUAGGUCCAUUGCCACAACAGCUGAUUUCCUUUAUCCAUCUCUAUUUUGAGCCAGUUUCUCUUAACCUUCCCUUCACCUAACCACUAUGCAUCUUUGGUAAUCGUGUCUUUCCAUUACUGUCCGGGCCGUCCUCUCAGUUUGUGACCAAACCAAUGAGUCCUUCAGAAGUCUGAGUGAAAGUCCACAUAUGCCCAGCUCAUCCUAGCCUACUGUUCUUAGGGCUCCAAUGAUAUUUGUUUCACAAUAUUUAAUUUCAAUUAUAACUUACAAUUAAUAUGCACAUUAACUGUUCAAUGGGAGAUAGUAUUUAUGUUCAUGUUGUAUUUUCAUGGAAGUUAAUAUUAAUCACAAACUUUCCAAGUAGCUAGUUUUGAAUUUAAAAUAAUAAUAUUAUUCAUGUUACAAACAUUAGUCGCUUUUAAUAUUUGCCUGUUAUGAAAUGCAUUUAGUGAUCAUUGUGUUAUUUACAGGAUACGAGUGGACCUUCAUUUUUAAACAUAAUGAUCAAUCCAUCAGCUGAUCGCAAACCACAAAACUUUGCCUGGCUCACUGAAUCGAAAUUGUGAAUGUGAACAAAAAAAAACCUUGUCAUAACUGCCGUAAUCUUGCAUCAAUAUUUGUUAACCAAAGUUGCCAGUUUAAUGGAUCUCGUAACUUUUCAACUACAAAUUAUUAUUUAUCAAAAUUAUGUUUUUUCUUUACAAAAUUUAUAAGGGGAAAAAAAGGUGGGAGAUUAAUGUUGUGUAGUAGAAUUUUAUUUAAGUUUAUUUAAUUUUGGGGUAUUUUUAUAUUGCUGUACACUUUUUUUUUUUUAAAUUAUAGAAUUGAUCGC